AUGUACUCCCGGUCGCAGCCGCGGCUCCAGCGGUCGGCGGCGGCCGCUCGGCAUGGCGGGCCGCACCCCGGGGCCGGGCCAUCGGCCGAUGCCGAGCCGCCCGAGCACUACGAGGAGUAUGAGGCCCAGUACACCUCGCACAAGACCCAGCGGCGCAAGAUCUACCACGACGCGCGGCUGCGCUACUACCCGGCCAGCCGGCGCUUUGUGGUCCGGGCCCUGCGGGAGGGGGUCAACGGCGGGGGCAGCGUGGCCGGCCUGGCGGUCGGCUCCGGCCAGCACCUCGGCGAUCUGAACCCCCGGUCCCCCUGGCUGCCGGACGGCCUGGAGCUCGAGGUGGAGAAGGCCCUGGUCCUGGUGGACACCUUCCUGGGCGUUGUGGAUCCCGGCGGCCCGGGGACCGAUUCCGGGGCACCUGCCAGCCCGGGCCCACUGGCCGAGAGUCCCGGUGCGGACGCGGACCCGGGCCCGGUUGCGAGGGGCCCGCCGGUGCCGGUGGCCCGCGGCGCACCCGCAUGGCGGCCGCCGGUGCCCGUGCGGCCUGUCGGUCCGACGGCGGCGGCUGUCUUGGCGGAGCCGGCCGACGGGGCCGGCGACGCGCCGGCGGCCGUGGCACCAGCGCCGCGUCCACGGGCCAUCGGCCUGCGCCGCCGGCCGGCCGGCUCGCGGCCGCUUCUCCAGCAGGUGGCCCCGCCGGCGCGGGAUCAGGAGCCCGCCCCGGGGCCGGGGCCCGCCCCGGAGCCGGCCCCGGCGGCCGGGCGCCCUCCCCGGCUGGAGUUCCGCUCGGUCGGGCAAAUGCUGGGCUCGGGGUCGGCCGGCCGGGAGCAGCCGGAGGCCCAGCCGGCCGAGGCGGCGCCCGCCGAUCCGGCCACACCUGGCGAGGCCGCGGCCGAGGAUGAUGCGCUGGAGAUGCUGCUGCUGGGGGCGUACGGUCGGGCGCCCGGGGCGCCGGCGCCGAGGGCCGGCCCCCUGGCACGGGCCCCGGGGCAGGAUGCCGACGUGUCGGCCUUCCUGAUGGCCGGCUAUGGCGUGGGGGCGAGUGAGCAUGGGGGCGCGGCGGCCGGGCCGCCAAGCGUCAGCCUGGCGGCCGGGCCCCCGGCUGCUCCCGGGCCCGCCUCGCGCGCGGCGCUCUCCGUGAUGGACCUCUUCGCGGAGGACAGCACCAGCAACAUGGCCGCCGGGGGGGAUGCCGAGCCGGUGGUCUCCCUGGAAGCCAUCUUGCGUGCUCUGCAGGAUGGCCCGGGCGAGUCGCCGCCGACGCCCGAAGGUACCCCCCCGGCGGCCGGGGGCGGGUCCCCUCGCUCGGCCCCCGGGGCCCGGGGCCCGCCGGCCGAACCGGUGUCCAUGCCGGUCGAUGUGCCACCCGGGCCGGGCCGGCGGCCGCGGCCGCGGCCGCACCCCCAGCCGGCCGAGGACGAGGGGGCCGCCUCGCCACCGGACGGGUCCCCCCCGGUGGCCAAGGUGCCGCGCUGGGGGCCGGGCGCCCGGCCGUCCCGGGACCCGGUCCUCGGUCCGGCGGCCCUCGGCAUGCUGGAGCUCGUGCUCCCGGUGCCGGAGCCCGUGCCCACCGGGCGGGCGGUGGCCCUGCCGGCGCGCUUUCCCACGCCCGGGGCCUAUGCCGCGGGGUUUUCCCUCGGCGUGGCGGAGCUCCUGCAGCUGGAAAUCCACCGCGUGGCGGGCUUCAUGCAGGGCGUUGCCCGGGGCCUGGCGGCCGGCAGGCGCGAGGGCCCGGCCCCCCCGGCGCGGCAGGCCGCCUCCGGCUGGGAGUUCUCCCUGCGCAAGCACCAGGUGGCCGCGCAUGCGCUCUGCUGGCUUGACACCAAGAAGUCCCCCUUCCGCAAGGGCGCCGACGAGCAGCUGUACACGCUGACCCUGGGCAAGGGCCGGCUCCCCUCCUCCAGCUAUGCCAAGGAGGACAUCUGGGGCCUGUGCUCCUUCCACGACCUGCUGCGGGUCUUUGCCCCGCCGGCCGGCUCUCCUCCGGGCUCGAGCCCGAGCCCGGGGCCGGCCUCAGUCCGCUUUCUCCUGGCCCAGUCGACCUUCUUCGGGCCGGACUCCUCCGGCGGGAUCGAGAUGGCUCCCAUCACACAAGACCCGGCCGGCUGGCGGGCGCUGCUGGCCACCUCCCGGUCGCUGGCCUCCAACAAGGGGACCCUGUCGCCGGGGCUCUUUGGCAUCCGCCUGGUCAAUGCCUCCUCCGAGGUCAGCAUGUUGGAGUCGCUGGAGCUGGUGGCCGCUGCGCACGCCUCGGCCGACCGACGCUCGCCCAUCUUCCAGGUCCCGUGUCCACUGCCGAGCAGCCCCGACCCCGGGGGGGACAUCGGCUGCUACUUCCGCCGGGUGCGGCCGUCGGCCACCUGGCGCCCGGGGGAGGCCCUGCUCGCGGCCAUCGGCCGCCUGCGCGAGGAUACCAUCGCCGAGUAUGCGCUGAAUGACGACCAGGCGGCGGUCCUGGGGCGGCUGUGCGGGGCCACUUUCGGCCGGUGCCCGCCGGUGCGGGAGCCGCCCCCCGCCGGGGCCCCGGCCGGCGGCCCGUCCCCCGACGUGACCCUGGUGCAUGGGGUCUUCGGGGCUGGCAAGUCGCGCCUGCUGGCGGUGGCCAUUGUCUUCCUGCACCGGGCCGGGGCCCUGCUGCGGGAGCAUGGGGCCCGGCUGGGCGGCGGCCGGGGCCCGGGAUUCCCGGCCCCACGCCUGGCCCUCUGUGCGCUGACCAACACCGCGGUGGACAGCGUGCUGCAGGCCCUGCUGCGGCUGGGGUUCGAGCACUUUUGCCGGCUGGGCCCGGUGCCGAAGGUGGCCCCGCCGGUGCUGCCAUUCCUGGCCGGGGCCCGGCCGUCGGCCCAUGACGAUGAGAUCCGCGACCUGCAGGAGCUCUUGCGCGACCCGCAGCACCCGGGCCGGGAGUGGCUGCGCCGGGCGCUGGAUCGCCUGCGCACGCACCGCGCCCGGGACUUGGUCCUCGAGGCGUUCCUGGUGGCCACGACCGUGGCCUCGUGCGCCACGUCGCGCACGCUGGCCGACGUGUUCCCCGUGCCGGGGGACGCGCGGCCGGAAUCCGCCAAGGCCGAUGCCCGGGGCUCCGGCGACCCGGCCCCGGCCGUGGACCUGCUGCUGAUCGAUGAGUGCAGCCAGCUCCUGGAGCCGGCCAGCUUGGUGGCCUUGACGCGCUUCCGCCCGGGGCAUCUGGUGUUGGUGGGCGAUCCGCUGCAGCUGGCCCCGACUCUGACGAGCCCCUUUGCUCCAGGCCGGGCCGAUGGCCGGCUGGCUUCCCGGCUGCCGGCCGAGCCCGGGCCGACCGCCGGCCUGGAGCGGACCCUGUUCGAGCGUCUGCGCGAUGUCGGGGCCCCGGUGGCCGGGCUGCUGACGCAAUAUCGCUGCCACCCGGCCAUCGUGCGCCUGUGCAAUGAGCUCUUCUAUGGCGGCCGGAUUGCCACGGCGCCCGAGGUGGCCGGCCGGGGCCCGGUGCUGGCCUCCCUGCCGCCGGUGUCGCUGGUGCGCGUGCCGCCGGGCUACUCGGCGGCCGUCCAGCUGGGCACCCUGCCCGGGCCGGUGCGCUCCUUCCUCGGCCAGAUGGCCGCCGGGGUGGGUGGCGGGGCGCCUGCCGGGGCGGGCGGCGGCCCUGGCGGCCGGAGCCUCUCGCACCCGGGCGAGGCCCAGGUUCUCUUUGCGGCGGUGUACCGCCUGGUGGCGGUGCACGGGGUGGACCCGGCCCGCAUCGGGGUCAUCUGCCUGUACCGGGCCCAGGCGCGCCUGGUGCAGGGGCUGCUGGAGCAGGCCCAGGCGCGCCUCGGGCUCUUUGACCGCGCGGCCGAGCCGGGCGAUGGCGGGUCCGGCCGGCCGGGCCCAGGGCUGCCGCACGUCUCCACGGUGGACGCCUUCCAGGGCGCCGAGCGGGACAUCAUCCUGCUGAGCUGCGUCAAGGCGGCCACCAGCCGCCCGGGGCAAGUGGACGAGUUUGUCGAGGCCCCGCGGCGCAUCAAUGUGGCCCUUUCGCGCGCCAGGUGCCACCUGGUCAUCGUGGCGCAGGACACGCUCGUGGUGCCGGGGCCGCGGCCGGCCGGCACCAAGCUCGGCCUCUGGCCGCACAUUGCCCAGCUGCUGGGUUCCGACCCCCAUGGCAGCCGUGUCCUGCCGGCGGCCGAGCUGGACUCCAUCAUCGGGCAGGGGCCGACCGGCGGUCCUGUCCCCUCCCCUGCCCCUGGGCCGGGGCCUGAGCUGGACGUCGAUCCGGCGGACUUGGACCCGGUGGAUUUCGAGCCCGGGCAGAUCGACCCGGCGGACUUGGACCCGGCGGAUUUCGAUCCGGUGGACUUGGACCCGGCGGAUUUCGAGCUCCAGCACAUUGACCCGGCGGAUUUCGACCAGGCGUUUGACCUGGGACCGGGCCUCGGGCCAGGCCGAGAUCCGUGUGAAUUUGACUUGACCUCCCCCGGUCCGGGGGCCCGGGCGCCUUCUGGUGGCGGUGGUGCUGGCGCUGAGCGCGGCCCUGUCGCCACCUCCCACACCGCUCCUGGCCAGGACUGGGCCCCGGAUGCUGGCCCGAGCCCCGGGGCCGCAUCUGCCGCAUGAGCGUCAACCGGGCGCUCUCUUCGUCUCUCGCCCUGGCCCUCCUCCCCCGGGCGAGACGGCGCAAGCAUCCCCCCCC